GCAAGUGUUCAUUACGAUUUGGACAACAGGUGUACCGAAUUUUUUAUUCGUUCUUCAUCAGUGCCGACGACCGCUAUGUCGUCCUUAGUGUGGAAACCCUGGCUGUGCCGCAAAAUCCUUUCAGGAGCCAUCGGUCAGAGAUGUGCUGUUCGAGCUCUACAUUACCAAGAUGCAGCACCUUGCAUUGGGACUCCGCAGGAUGUGAACUCCCCAGAAUACCAGGAAAAGUAUGCUCGCAUGCAGGCGUUGGUUGAGGAACUCCGGGGUCAUGUCUCUACUAUCCUUAAAGGUGGCGGUGAGAAGGCUCGGGAACGACAAACGUCCCGUGGCAAGAUGCUUCCUCGUGACCGCAUCAACAACCUGCUGGAUGUGGAAUGUGUCAUCGUGGCCAACGACCCGACGGUGAAGGGUGGCACCUACUACCCAGUCACGGUGAAGAAACACCUGAGGGCCCAAGAAAUUGCCCAGCAGAACAGACUGCCAUGUAUAUACCUGGUGGAUUCCGGCGGUGCUAACCUCCCUCGCCAGGACCAGGUGUUCCCAGACAGGGACCAUUUCGGCCGGAUCUUCUACAACCAGGCCAACAUGUCUUCCCAAAAUAUACCUCAGGUGGCGGUGGUGCUGGGCAGCUGUACAGCAGGCGGGGCCUACUCCCCAGCCAUGGCAGACGAGAGCAUCAUCGUGCGCAAACAGGGGACCAUCUUCCUGGGAGGGCCGCCGCUGGUGAAGGCGGCCACAGGAGAGGAAGUGUCUGCUGAGGAUCUGGGCGGAGCCGACCUUCAUUGUAGUGAGUCUGGCGUGACUGAUCAUUACGCUCAGGACGAGGUCCACGCUCUUCACUUGGCGCGACGAGUCAUCAAAAACUUGAACUACGUCAAAGACCCAGGGGUGAGCAUCGAGAAACCCGUGGAGCCCUUGUACCCCGCCGAUGAGAUCUACGGCAUUGUGGGAGACAACCUGAUGAAGACGUUCGACGUGAGGGAGGUGAUUGCGAGAAUUGUGGACGGCAGCGUAUUUGACGAGUUCAAGACCAUGUACGGAGAGACUCUGGUCACAGGAUUUGCCCGCCUGUGGGGUUACCCUGUUGGUAUCGUUGGUAACAACGGUGUCCUCUUCUCAGAAUCUGCCCUCAAGGGCACUCACUUCAUAGAGCUGUGCUGUCAGAGGAAUAUUCCACUCAUCUUUCUCCAGAACAUCACAGGUUUCAUGGUGGGCAGAGAGGCGGAGUCAGGCGGUAUCGCCAAGAACGGAGCCAAGAUGGUGACCGCUGUGGCCUGCGCCAAAGUGCCCAAGAUGACCGUCCUCAUCGGAGGCUCAUACGGAGCGGGGAACUACGGCAUGUGUGGUCGCUCCUACUCCCCCAACUUCCUGUACAUGUGGCCCAACUCUCGGAUCUCGGUGAUGGGCGGCGAGCAGGCGGCCAAUGUCAUGGCCCAGAUCAGCCGGGAGCAGCGUGCCCGAGAAGGGAAGGAGACUAUGGGACGAUGGCGUGAUUGACCCCCGCGACACUCGCACGGUGCUGGGCCUCUCCCUCAGCGCAGCCCUCAACCGCCCACCGACCAGCACAAAGUUUGGAGUCUUCCGCAUGUAGAUCAGUCAGUGCCAGGAUCAGCCGACCGGCCAGUUGAUGCCACAUCCUGUCACACAGUGAUGUCAGUGCCGACUAGAAACCCACAAGGCAGCAUGCCUUUCUUCACACACUAGUCCUUUAGUUGGGAUCGGUCACUCUCUCUAACACUUGAUGCCAGUUGAGACCUGUCACUCCCUCUCAUAUGAUAUCAGUUGAGAUUGGUCACUGUCAUAUUAUGUCAGUCGAGAGUGGUCACUCUCUCUCACAUAAUGUCUCUUGAGACCGGUCACUCACACAGAUUUAGUUUUGACUUCUCACUUCGAUAGUUUCUUAUUUGGGAAGAGUUACCCUCUAAUUAUAGAUGGUUGACAGUUGCUCUGGUGUGAUUUGCUCGUACUUUCCUAUCAUGCAUCUAUUGUCCUUAUCUCUCCUUUUUCUCCUUCAUUGUACGCCAUUGUUCUUUAGGAACACAUCUAAUCUUCAGCACUUACAUGACCUAUUUGUGUUGAAAGUGCCGCAAAACUUUUUCUAAAACUAAAAACUAAACCCUCUCACUGGGUCGAUCGCUGUCGCAAUGUGAGUUUUUACCGGUCACUUCCAUGUAUUCGCUGUAUUGACCGGUCGUCACUCUAUACCGCUUGAGCUGUGAUUGGUCGCUCCCAUAAUUAUGUUGUCAUUGUGGGCCAGUCUGUCUCAUAGUGUGUCAGCGAGUGGUUGGAGGGCGCCACUGGUAGGCCCUAUUUCUUUACUUUCCCCCUGUUGUUUCUGUCUGUCUUGCU